CUCUCUCCCGUCUCUCUCUCUCUCGCGCGCGCUCUCCCCUUUCUCUCUCUCUCUCUGUCGGCAAUUCACAAUCAGGAGGGAGGGGGAGAGAGAGAGACAGCAAGAGCGCACUGCUGUGCACCGGCGCUCCCACGCCCCUUCCUCGUGACUCUCCCGCUCCUCCGUUGGUUCGUUCAUCCAACCCCCUGGCAUUCGAAAGUCGGGAAGCGACGGACGGCACGGACUGAAGGACCGAGAGGGGGUUUCGCGUCCUCGAAGUGGAAGGAGGCGCGAUCGUCCAGACGUGAGCGCAGAUCCAAUCCACGUUUGGAGGAGGGUGCGCGUCUCCCACCACCACCACCACCGCUGCCGGCGGGGUCAUCCUCGUCACUUCAUCUGCAUAUCUCUGGGGGACAUGCCGAACGCAUCAGAAGCCACCACGCUCCGAGCCAAUGACAACAGCCAGCCUGACCCUUUCCAGAACAUUCUGAACCCACGCGGCACCACCAUCACCACCACCACCUCCUCCUCCUCCACCCUCGCUCUCUAAGGAAUGCGCCAGCCAACGAGAAGGGUUCCCUCAAGCCUCCCAGGUUCUGGAUAAAGUAAACCCCUGCUGCUCCUGCUGCUCCUGCUGCCAGCCUCUCCACGCUCUUAGCAGCAGUAGCAGCACGCAUCCUCACUCGCCUUCUGCAAGGAUGCACGUCCCGCCCAGCCGAUGCAACAGGACGAGUCCUUGGCUCUCCUUCCACUGCGCGAGGUCUCCUCUGCUGGGCGCAAGACCCGCCGCGACUCCGAUGGCGACGCCGCUCCUCCUCCUCUUCCUUCUCCUGCUGCCGCCGCUGCCUGUGAGCGUGGCCCAGGACCGAGCCACGCACUCGCACUCCAUCCGCAUCGAAGGCGACAUCACCCUGGGCGGUCUCUUCCCCGUGCACUCGAAGGGCCCCGCCGGAGUGGCGUGCGGCGAGAUCAAGAAAGAGAAGGGCAUCCACCGCAUGGAGGCGAUGCUCUACGCUCUCGACAAGAUCAAUAGCGACCCCGACCUGCUGCCCAACAUCACGCUCGGCGCGCGGAUCCUGGACACGUGCUCGCGGGACACGUACGCGCUGGAGCAGUCGCUCACGUUCGUGCAGGCGCUCAUCGAGAAGGACACGUCGGACGUGCGCUGUCAGAACGGGGAGGCUCCCGUGUUCACAAAACCCGAGAGAAUCGUCGGAGUCAUCGGCGCCUCGGGCAGCUCCGUGUCCAUCAUGGUGGCCAACAUCCUGCGUCUCUUCCAGAUCCCGCAGAUCAGCUACGCGUCGACGGCGCCCGAGCUGAGCGACAACAACCGCUACGACUACUUCUCGCGCGUCGUGCCGCCCGACUCCUACCAAGCGCAGACCAUGGUCGACGUGGUGAAGGCGCUGGGCUGGAACUACGUGUCGACGCUUGCCUCCGAGGGCAACUACGGCGAGAGCGGUGUCGAGGCGUUCAUCCACUCGUCACGCGAGACGGGCGGGGUGUGCAUCGCGCAGUCACUCAAGAUCCCACGCGAACCGAGGCCCGGCGAGUACGAGAAGAUCAUCAAGCGUCUGCUCGACACGUCCACAGCGCGUGUCGUCAUCAUGUUCGCCAACGAAGACGACAUCCAUCGAGUACUGGAAGCUGCCAAGAAGGCGAACCAGACGGGCCACUUCAUCUGGAUCGGUUCGGACAGCUGGGGCUCAAAGAUCGCUCCCAUCUUCCAACAGGAAGACGUGGCCGAGGGAGCCGUCACCAUCCUACCGAAGAGGGCGCGCGUCGAAGGCUUCGACAAGUUCUUCAUGGAGAGAAGACUCGAGAACAACCGGAGGGACGUGUGGUUCGCGGAAUUCUGGGAGGAGAACUUCCAGUGCAAGCUGGGCAAGCCAAGCACGCAACGCGACAGCAACAGCAAGAAGUGCACAGGCGAGGAGCGGAUUGGCGUGAACGCGACGUACGAGCAGGAGGGCAAGGUGCAGUUCGUGAUCGACGCGGUGUACUCGAUGGCGCACGCACUGCACAGCAUGCACCUGGAUCUGUGCCCCGAGUACGUGGGGCUGUGCCCACGCAUGGACCCCGUCAACGGGCGCGAGCUGCUCAACUACAUCCGCAGGGUCAACUUCACCGUUCCUGAUGGAAGCGCUCCUACGAGGAGGCGUUCUGGGGAUCCCCUCUUUGAUUUGGACGCCACCACAGCCUCUCUCUUCGUGACUAAGCCUUGCUCGUGAAAUGUCACCGUG